GGCUUUUCAGGGCUGGACAGGAAACGGAGACGCCCAGAGCGCGCAUCAGUCCAGCAGCUGCUCCGCUUGGAAUCAGAAAUGGAAGCGGGAGCGUAAAUGGACCCGGGAGCGGACGGAGGCUCUGGACUGAUCGGGCACAGCGGCGAGCAGCGACGGUGAAUACAGGAGCGGGGCGAGGGCCCACUGCCUUAAUACUGUCCCCCUGUUAGGGUUGCUGCAUUUGCGCAACACGUCGCCUUUUCCCCCUCAAACCAUUGUUGCUGAUUUUGGCAGCGCGAGGAGGCGACCCUCAACAACCUGGAUCCAUAACGGUUGACUGAGGGCUCAUUUUCAUUCCGAAGUCUCUGUCAGCUUGGAACAGUAGCAGAACUCAACCAAAGAUGGAGCAGCUUUCAGAUGAGGAGCUGGACCAUGCAGCUGAGGAGGACAGUGAUAAGGAAGACCAGGACCUGGACAAAAUGUUUGGAGCAUGGCUCGGGGAACUGGACAAGCUAACCAAGAGUUUAGAUGAUGGAAAGCCAGAGAAGGUGCAAAAAGCUCCUCUCAGACAGGAGACCAACAUGGCAAACUUCUCCUACCGCUUCUCCAUAUACAACAUUAACGAGGCUCUGAACCAGGGUGAUUCCGUAGAUCUGGAUGCUCUGAUGGCUGACCUGUGCACCAUCGAGCAGGAGUUGAGCACUAUUGGAAAGCCCAGUGGCUCCUCUUCUCGCCUUGGCCUGCCUGGAGACACCAAAGUCCGUCAGAAGCCUCCUGCAGGUCGCAGCCACAGCACAAAGCAGGCAGGUGGUGGGGGCAGCAGCGGUGGGGGCAGCAGCAGCAGUAGCGGGGGCAGUGCCAGCAGCAGCACCCGCGUUUCCCCUGCCUCCACCGUCCGGGUGGGUGGCAGCAGCCACGGCCGGCCACCGCUGGCCUCCAACUUCUCCCUGGAUGAUAUCACAGCCCAGCUGGAGCGCGCCUCACAGAGCAUGGAUGAAGCAGCUUGCCAGAGCACGGCCUCCUUUGCCUCCACUGUCUCUGCCCCGUAUGCUUCCUCUACCACCCGCAGGCCCACCCAUCAUCAUCACCGCCGUACAGGCUCAGUGGGGACAGUCAGUGAACACGAGGCCAGAGCCAUCGUCCACUCCUCGCGUUCCAGCAUCAACUCGGCUUCUGCGUCCAGCAUGGACUCGCUGGACAUGGACAAGCCCAGGCUGGCAGAGCAGGACGGCCUCCAGGGGCAGAGCCAGCACAGCUCAGAGCACUCGUAUCUGGACAGGGAGACUUCUCUGAUUCUGAAAAACAUUGCAGGAAAGCCCUCUCACUUGCUGACCAAGGAGGAGCAGGCUGCCAAACUUAAAGCUGAGAAGAUCCGUGUGGCCCUGGAGAAGAUUAAGGAAGCACAGGUUAAAAAGCUGGUGAUCCGGGUGCAUCUUUCUGAUGAGAGCUCCAAAACCAUGAUGGUGGACGAGAGGCAGACAGUGCGUCAAGUCCUGGACAGUCUCCUGGACAAAUCCCACUGUGGCUACAGCCUGGACUGGUCUCUGGUGGAGAUGAUCAAUGAGCUACAAAUGGAGCGGAUUUUUGAAGACCACGAGAACCUGGUGGAGAACCUGCUGAACUGGACCAGGGACAGCACCAACAGACUAAUGUUCAUUGAGCGCAUCGAAAAAUAUGCUCUAUUCAAGAAUCCACAGAACUAUUUGUUGGGGCGGAAGGAGACAUGCGAGAUGACUGAUAGGAAUAAAGAAGCUCUGCUUGAGGAGUGUUUUUGUGGAAGCUCCAUCAGUGUACCUGAGAUGGAGGGAGUGCUCUGGCUCAAAGAGGACGGUAAGAAGUCCUGGAAGAAGCGCUACUUCCUUUUACGGGCCUCCGGAAUAUAUUAUGUGCCAAAAGGCAAACCAAAGGCUUCUAGAGACCUAGUGUGCUUCCUACAAUUGGAUCAUGUAAACGUGUAUCUGGGACAGGACUACCGCAGCAAAUACAAGGCUCCAACUGACUACUGCAUGGUCCUUAAGCACCCUCAGAUUCAGAAGAAAUCUCAGUACAUCAAAUACCUGUGCUGUGAUGAUGUCAGAACUCUACAUCAGUGGGUCAAUGGAAUACGGAUUGCUAAGUAUGGGAAGCAGCUGUAUUUGAACUACCAGGAAGCCAUGAAGCGUACUGAAGCUGCCCAUGACUGGUCAUCUCUGUCCAGCUCCAGCAUCAAGUCUGGCUCUAGCUCCUCGAGUCUACCAGAAUCCCAGUCCAACCACUCCAGCCAAUCAGACAGCGGUGUGUCAGAGACUACUUCCUCUGGACAUGUGCGCUCUCAGAGUGUGGUCAGCUCCAUCUUCUCAGAGGCCUGGAAGAGAGGCAACCAAGCUGAGGACUCCAAGAUGAGAAUGGAUCCACCCCCACCUACACAGCCUACUAGAGCUUCUUAUCCUCUCCAGCUUGCCCAUUUGCCCCAAAUGCCUCAGAUGUCCCAAGCUGCUCUGUCCCAUGGUAGCUACCCCAAUGUGUCAGCCCAGUCUUCUCCUUCUCCACCAUCACCUCCGCCUCCACCUCCACCUCCUCCUCCAUUACCCAACCCCACCUACCACUCUACGCCAACCAUGUUCACCAAGUAUAGCACCAUUGCCAGGUUGCAGAACAUCUCCCAGGCUCCUAAUCACUACAGACAGACACCUCUAGUGGCAGCCGUGCAACAGCAGCUGCAGCCCCCAGUCCCUCCUCCGCAGUGUGCAAAACCAGUAACAAUGAACAAUGUAGCAGCAGCGGCUAACAGUCCACCUCCACCACCACCCCCACCCCCUCUGACCAUGCCAAUGCCUGGCUCUGCCAUGGCAGUACUGAAGUUAGGUCCCCCAAGCCCACAGCCACAGUUUACCCAUCCACCGCCUCCAGAGGAGGAGCACCUGCCUCCCUCUGAUCACAUGCAGAGCAAUGGAAUUUUGCCUCCUCCACCACCACCGGAGCAGUUUAAAUACCCCCCACCCCUCAGCACCAAUGGCCUCCAGCAGUUCCUUGCUCAGAAAUUUCCCAACAUGAGCUAUGACUUUUCUCCCCUCAGCCAGGAUGAGGAGCCACCUCCGCCUCCACCUCCAGUGUGUUUCUCUCCUCCUCCACUUCCUCAACAUGGGUCAGGGCCUCCCCCUGCACCACCUAAAACCUUCACUGGAGGAUUUCCACCCCAGACUGCCCCCAAACCAUCUGGACCUGGACACUGCAUCUCUCCCAUCUCUCCUAUACCUCCUCCUGUGUCCCCAACCCCAACAACCACCUCUAUGAAGAAGCAGCAGAGCUUCUCUGGAGGCCAUAGCCCCAACCAGCCUCCACCCACCUUGCCAAAACAACACAGCUUCCCCUCAAAAGCACCACCUUUGUCUACUGCCAUCUCCCCAACACCAUCGCUUGUGAAACAGAUUGCGAACCAGUUCCCUGGAACUCUGGAUGCUUCUAAAAGCAUUGUGUCCCCUCCAGUCGUAAAAGCCAAGCCUAAAUGGCAACCAGGUGGGCAGAUUCAGCCACAAUCUCCUGAAUUCCCCCCUCCUCCUCCUGAGAACAGCUUGGACUUUCCUCCUCCACCACCAUCACCUCCUGCACCAAGCCCUCCUCCUUCCAAGAUGGGGUCACCAAUCAAGAAAUCACCUUCCACCUCUUCCAACUCCUCAACAGGUUCAGCAGGCAAGAGGCCUCCUCCGACUCCGCAGCGAAACUCCAGCAUGAAGUCUACCACGUCCAUCGAGUAUCAGGAGUCAAAGAAGGUGGAAGAUCUGGUGAGCAUGUUUGCUCAACCCAGUCAGCCUUCUUCCAGCUCCUUCUCUACCCCCUCUUCUACAACAGGCUCGCCAUCCAAGGAUUCUACUGCAAGCUUUCGAACACCAACAAAACCAGGCAAGAUCAACCUUGCUAACUUGCCACUGGCUCUGCAGGGGAAAUCUGGACAGCUCAACACAGAUUUCCCCUCACCACCACCCGAGUGUGAUUUCCCCCCUCCUCCUCCAGACUCUGAGCUCUUGCCUCCUCCACCCAUGGAGCUUCAUGCUGGAGCUCCAAAAGUGGCCGUGGUCAACCCCCAGCCACAACUGUCCUCUAACACAUCGUCAUGGAAACAGAGCUCCAUGAGGAAGACGCCUCCUCCCACUAUACAGCGGCGAAGCAGUGGACCCCCCGAACCUCUGGCCCUUUCUCCACCCCCCCAACAGAUCCCCCUCACUCCCUUCAACUCUCAAAUGCCUCCCACCUCACCUAAGGGCAAUCUCUCCAUGCAGCCCAACUUCCUCGAGGACCUCAACAGGACUUUAAAGAGGAAAUCCAUGUCCAGGCACGGCUCCCUCACCUCCUCUCGCAUCUCCACCAAGCUGGAGCCUGUGGCCACUAUGGACGACAUGGCCCUCCCGCCUCCUCCCCCAGAGCUGCUGCUGGGCCAGCAGAAAAAGGGCGGCUACACAGGUGCCAACAUCUCAGGCUAUGCAACGUUACGGCGCGGGCCUCCCCCGGCGCCUCCAAAACGGGACCAAAACACCAAACUGACCAGAGAGUGGUAAAUCAUGGCAUGCGCCUAAUGCUGUGUGCUCUUCUCCAUUCAAACUCCGCCAGCUGUUGCAGGCCACAACGUGAGAACAACUGAGAAGAAUACUGUUCCUCAUUUUAGCCCCAGUUAUUACCACAGUAUGAAAAAAGCAAGCCAAAUCACCUACAGUAUAAGCUUUCUCUGCGUGUUUGUGCCGCUUUGCAAUUACGUGUAAGCAGUUAUACAAAAACAACAAAAGCAACAAAAAGAGACUCUGCCGUUACUAUACUUAGGUACUGCAUGGACUCCAUCAUGACGAAAGGGGAUUAUGUAUGUAUAAUAAAAGAUGUAUCUGGAAAUGUGGGGUGGGGAGGGUGCUUUUACCAUUUUUUAUAUGAAAUUAUUUAAUACCUGAAAUAUAUUCUUAUUUCAAAGUUUAGUUUUUAAACCCUUGACUGUAUGCGUUAAACGUGAAUAGAAAAGGUUGAAGAAGAGAUGUGUAUAUGUGUGCAUUUUGUCUGAGUGGUUAGGUUGAUCCACUCUCAGAAGAAAAGCAAUGGCUUGGUAACAUUGCUUCACUUACUCACUAUUAAAAAAGUCCAGAAUUUCAAGGCUGAUUUGUUGCAUAUGUUCUGAAUGAAGUAAUUGGAAAUGUUCCCGUAAUGCGGCUAAACCUAUCAUAAUAACCGAAAAUUCAUUAUUGAGAAAAGAAACUCAGUUAAUCUGAUUAAACCCUUCCUUUACAUGAUGAAAAAGAACCCAGUUACAGUGUGUGGGGCUCUUUAGCCCUGCUGUGUCUGAGAUUGGAUGUUUUCUGUCUGUUUAUGUUGGUUACAUUGCUAUCUAUCUGUACAUACUGCAGCUGUUCCUGACUUUAACAGCUUCUGUUAGCUCUGUGGCUCACAGAACAAUGUUUUCUUUUCACUUGUGGACUGUUUUUGCAUUGCCUUUAUAUAUAUAUAUAUAUAUAUAUGCCCUCAGAGCACUUCUCAUAUCUGGGUUACAUAUCUUUGUUUCAAAGUCAGAAGCCUUUUCGCAUCGUCUUGUACUGAUUACUCUUGUAAGAGUAGGAGUGAUCAUUCAGAGUAUUAGCUGAUCUGACAUCAGGAGGCUGUAGCUUCUCUGAGACACUUGAUAUGUGGGCAGUUGUCUAGUCACUUUUGUUGAUGUGUACAGUACGAGAGCUUUUGGAACAGAGAACGGUGUUUUUUACCUGUUAAGUUCAAAUCUGACCACAUGACCCUGUAAGAGCACUGUGUUUUUUAACUUAUGGUAGCUACAGAUUUUCAAUUUGCUUAUAAACGUUAUCGGCCUAGUUAAUUCACAUCUGUUCUAGGGAACAAAGUAGAGCAUCGUAGCCGUGAGUGCACAGUGCUAAUGCUGGUUGUUAAAGUCAGGAGUAUUUUAGAUAAAAUACACGGGAAAGUUAUUGUCUGUUGCAUUUAAACUGAACAAUAUAAAUGUGUAACUCCUGCA